GAAACAUUUUUGUCGCGCCAUCUUGGAAUUUUAUUAUUUUCAGUGUUCAAUUUUGUCCUAAUAUUUAUCGAAUGACAUCCAGCUAAUUCGGGGAUAUUUGAAUUAGUAUUGUAGAUAGAUAGGUAGUUUGCAGUAUAGAUUUUCAGUUAUUAUUAUCCAAGCAAACGUUUCCUGGACUAUUCCCACGGAUUUCUGUGUUUUCGUGACUGUAAUUUCCUAUGAGACAAUGGCGGCGAACGGAGAAGGAAGUUUCCAAAUGGACCAAGUGGUUGAUCAAGAAAUAGUUGAUCCCUCAGUUGGAGUAGAUUUUGGAGUAGGCGACGAAGGCAAUGAUGAAAAUGUCGGUGUUGCAGAGGAAGGUGUCGAAGAUCCGGAGCUUGAGGCAAUCAAAGCAAGAGUCAGAGAAAUGGAAGAAGAGGCUGAAAAACUAAAAGAAAUGCAGAAUGAAGUAGAAAAGCAGAUGAACAUGACAAGUCCAACUCAGAUGACUCCAAUAUCUUUGGAAGAUAAAGUUGAAGUUGAUGCCAGAUCAGUUUAUGUGGGAAAUGUUGACUACUCUGCGACUGCUGAGGAACUCGAAGCACAUUUCCAUGGUUGUGGAUCUGUGAAUCGAGUGACAAUAUUAUGUGACAAGUUUACUGGACAUCCUAAAGGAUUUGCAUACAUUGAAUAUGCGGAUAAAGAUUCAGUACAGACUUCCUUGGCAUUGGAUGAAUCAUUAUUUAAAGGCAGACAAAUUAAGGUUCUCCCAAAACGUACAAAUAGACCUGGCAUUAGUACAACUAAUCGAGGUCCUCGAGGACGUGGGUUCAGACGUGGUGCUAGGGCGCCAUUCAACAUGCAGUAUUACAGUGGCUACGUUCCAAGACCGAGGGGAUCAAGAUUUAGGAGCCGUAGGGCAGUUUAUUACUCACCAUACUAAAAGGCCAAACCAGGAGUGGAUCAUGUACAUCAUCAAGGUGGCAAAGAGAGUGGAGGCUACUAUUUAGAUCUCUGAAGUCUAUGGUACUUCUUUUUGGACUCACUUGAGGGUAAAUGGGGGAAAAAAAGAUUAAAAAAAAAGGAAAGAACUCUCCAAAUGAGAGAAAAAAAAAAGUAAAAAAAAAAAAUUGAUUGAAAAAAAGAGGCCAAAAAAAGGGGACAGUAAGAGAAAAAAAUGGAAUGAUUGUAGAUGCAUACAAACCACUGUAUUCUUUAUUUUAUUUGCAAUUAAUAAAUUUGAGCAUUUUACAUUGUGUGUUUCUAUUGUGAUUUUCCUAUGAUAGAGCACCUAAAUAUCAUAGUUUAAAUAACAUGCUUAUUGUAGUUAAUGCCUUGUAUGGCUUUAGUAUGUCUACCCUAACAAGUCUAUUGGAGAGAACCUUGAUCAUAAUACCUAAUGGCUGUCAUUGGCUUUGUUCUACACCUCUGGCAGAGAGGGAGUCGUCCCUAGACUUAGUUGCACUCA